AUGGGGUCCUUGCGCUUGCCUCCCACGGUGCUGACACUGCAGCUGUUCAUGAGACAGCAGCAAGUUCUCCUCCUCUACAGAAAGAUUCUGCGAGUCAUAAGGCAAGUUCCAAGCGAUUCCGACCGGAAGUACCUCCAGGACUGGGCAAGGGAAGAAUUCAAAAGCAACAAAAGUGCCACGGAAGAGGAUACAAUACGAAUGAUGAUUACUCAAGGCAAUAUGCAACUAAAGGAAUUAGAAAGGACACUUGCGUUAGCAAAAUCUUAA